AUGUGCUGCGUGUGCUUCACCUUACCGUCUCAGAAACUGCAACAAAGGAAGAAGAGAGAGAUAACGGGGACACCAGGUGACACAACACAGAACAAAUCCGUAUCUGAUCUGAUUCAUGAAGCCAAUAAAGGACCGAUAUACUCUAAGAACUAUAGAAUUAAGGAUUUGGACAUCGCUACGAGCACAAAAAGGGGCAAUAGUGUGUGCCCCAAGGGCAUCUGCCUGUGGCCAAAAUCCGAUGACGAAAAGGUUUAUGUCCCAUAUGUUAUUUCAAGCGACCACAGUCUCUUUGAAUCCCAAGUAAUACAGUAUGCGAUGAUGAGUAUUGAAGGUGCCAGUUGCAUUCGUUUUAUCAAGCAGACGUCAGAGGCAGAUUACAUUAGCUUUCAGCCUCUGGAAGGAUGCUGGUCUGCAUUAGGACGAAGUGGAGGUGUACAGACAAUCUCUUUGGGUCCAUCAAAAUGUACAUGGACGGCAGUUGCUACACAUGAAAUCCUACAUGCACUGGGCCUCCAACACGAACAUGUGAGAAAAGACAGAGAUAACUAUAUAAAAGUCCUGUGGGAUAACAUCGAAGACGGCUAUGCUAGUAGUUAUGAGAUAUCCGAUACCUUGAACAUCGAUCUCACCAAAUAUGAUUAUGAAUCCAUCAUGCAUUACGCCAAAACCACUUUCUCCAAAAACAACAUGCCUACAAUGGAAGCUGUUCCCGACAAAACUGUUAGUUUUGGAGAGAACAUUGGCAUGAGCGCUCUGGAUAUCAUAAAAAUCAACACCCUGUACAACUGCUCAACAAAAUCUGAUUCCAAAAUUUCUGUUGGUCAGACCACCACCACAACAACACCAACCACCACUACUACUACCACCACAACAAAGCCAACCACCACUACUACUACCACCAAAAGAACACCAAGAACUACUACUACUACUACAACCACCAAGCCAAGGCCUGUUCUGGACGCAAACAAUGUUUGUGGUGGCUUGCUGACAAACCCACAGGGAGUCAUCACUUCCCCCAACUUCCCAAACAAUUACCCCAUUGAGGCUUACUGUCACUGGAACAUCAGCACCACCUCUAAGGUUAAGAUCACUUUUACCCAUUUUGAUGUAGAAGGCAGUAUGAGUAGCAUCUGUGCCUUUGACAAGCUUCAGGUCUACAACGGACAGGGUCUACUUUCCUCGUACAAGUCUGAAUUCUGUGGAAAGACGUUGCCACCAUCCAUUACAUCCAAGCAGAAUACCAUGCAGAUCGUCUUCUCCAGCGAUCACAGUGCAAGUUGGACAGGAUUCAGGCUCGUAUAUGCACCAGGCAUUGAUGUGCCACGUGUUCAGGUGACUCCAAUGCACCGCCACGCCUCCUCCUGCCCCAGAAGGCAACGAAUUGGGCUGGAACGCACUGGGGAUGGUGUGCACUAG